GCGACUUUACGAGUAUCACUAAGCGGCACUUUUAUCUCAUUGAAUGGAGAAAGGGAAUAAUACAGUUUAGUUCAUAGUAGUCAAGCUUACCCUUUCAGUCCGUUUCUUACAUUUUAAUAUAGGAAAUAACGCACAAUGAUCGACACAAUCGAAAAAGAAGACACUGUUAUCAGCGAAGAGGAGGCUGCUCAGUAUGAUCGUCAGAUUCGUCUCUGGGGUUUGGAUGCUCAAAAAAGACUUCGAGGAUCACGGGUACUUCUAGUUGGACUGCGGGGUCUUGGUGCAGAAAUUGCUAAGAAUCUUAUUUUGGCUGGAGUAAAAGGGUUGACUCUCCUGGAUCAUGAGCAGGUGAAAGAGGAGUCCAGACGAGCUCAGUUCCUCAUUCCUGUGGAUGCUGAUGGUCAGAACAGAGCCGAAGCCUCUCUGGAGAGAGCACAGUUUCUUAACCCAAUGGUAGAGGUGAAGGCAGACACUGAACAAGUGGAAAGCAAACCAGAUGACUUUUUCUACCAGUUUGAUGCGAUUUGCUUGACUGGAUGCUCCAAGGACCUCAUGGUAAAAGUGGAUCAGCUUUGUGCCUCCAGGAACAUCAAGGUCUUCUGUGGAGACGUAUAUGGUUACCAGGGAUACAUGUUCUCCAACCUUGGCCAGGAGCAUCAUUAUGUAGAGGAGAAGCCCAAAGUGGUGAAAAGCUCUGAUGAGGCCAAUGAUGGUCCAGAGGCAAAGAAACCAAAAGUGGACCCGAACGAGACCACUAUGGUGAAAAAGACGGUCAGUUUCUGCUGUCUCAAAGAGGCCCUGGAGGUUGAUUGGACCGAUGAGAAAGCUAAAAGCAAUCUGAAGCGUGUUCCUACCGACUUCUUUCUUUUGCAAGUGCUUCUGAAGUUUCGUACUGAUAAAGGUCGCGAUCCUCAGCCAGUCAGCUAUGCCGAAGACUCACAACUACUCCUGCAAAUCCGUGACGAUGUUCUUGAAACCAUGGGCGUGAGCUCGGAUCUGCUCCCCAACACCUUUGCCAGUUACUGUUUCUCUGAGAUGGCCCCGGUGUGUGCUGUAGUUGGUGGAGUUCUGGGGCAAGAGAUAGUCAAGGCUUUGUCUCAGAGAGACGCUCCGCACAGGAAUUUCUUCUUCUUCGACGGGCUGAAGGGCAGCGGAGUGGUGGACUACUUCGGGCCCAAAUAAUCCCCUGGAGAAUGCGGAGAGUCUAACACAUGCGAUUCGUGGGGCCGCAUUUGUGCUCUCGAAACACCAUGGAGUUCAUGUUCUGCCAGUGGCCGCAGGCAUUAAAAUCUGUCUUUGGACCGUACCUUUGCAUAGCAGUAUGCCACACGUUAAUUGAUGCCAAAAGCAACAACAACAUGUUGUCAAGCCUUUUGUGUUUACUUGCUCAUAAAUAUAGAUGCUCACGUUUUUCACCAGGGUUAACCAAACGUUCUACAUUUUGUAUUAAAUAAAGAUAAUGGGGAAAAGCAUAA